AUGAGAUUUCCAACAGCUUGCUCGAGAUGCAGAAACAGACGCAAAAAGUGUUUCCAAACAAACCCCGGGGGUCCAUGUGAUGCCUGCGCUAAGAAACGGCAUCACCAGUGCUCACUCGUCGAGGCUUCUCUACCGCUACAACGUAUCUCUUCUCUAGUCGAACGCAAUGAUCUGCACCCACAAUCUUAUCUCUCACAUGACCUGAUUGAAGACCUUGUGGAGAAUUAUAUUCACUACAUACUUGACAGACCUCAUACUCUGUUCCAUCUACCCACCUUGCGAGCUGCAGUGAGAGGUGGUCAGUUGGGAGAUGGCUUGCUCUUCGCUAUACUUGCAUUUGGCUGUCGAUUCCAUAAUAAGCCUGAAACAGCCUCCCUUGGGCCUACUUUCAUGCAAAAGUCAAAACAGAUAUUGAAGCAAGAUAUGGAAAACAUUUGUCUUGAGAACAUCCAAACCUGCGUCCUGCUUGCAAAUUUGUCAUCUUCGUCAAAGAAUCCAGAAUCAGAAGCGCUAUUCGUUACCCUUGGCAUUCGUAUGGCUGAGAUCCUUGGUCUAGACCGUCCGAAUCCGGCUGACUCAGAGGUUCUACGCGAGACAAAAUGUAGGGUGUGGUGGACUUUGUUUAUGGCAGACCGCUGGAGUUCUAUAGGCCGUAAUCUCCGUCGCGCCAUGCCUGACCUUGAUCAGGAGACUCCCCUGCCGAUGGAUGAAGAUGUUUUUCAUCAUAUGGAUGUUGACCAAGGUAGUGAGAGACGUCCCCCGCGUCCGCGUACACUGGGACUCUGGGCGUACAACAUCAUGCUUGCAAGGCAGUUGGGGCCUAUCCAAACUCUGAACAAACAGUGGGGUCAAGAGGGCAUCUCUGAAGAUUAUGUCAUGCAACGCGUCGCGGAUCUAGCACAAGGCUUACGGCUUUGGGAAGCGAGACUCCCUGACGGAAAGAAAGCGACAGAGGAGAACCUUCGAGCACAUAGUGCCAAAGGCCUUGGAGGACCAUUCCUCGCCAUACAUACAGGCUACCACCAGCAUUUCGUACUUUUGCUUUUUAGAUUCUUAGAUCUCAAUCGGACCCAGACACCGGAGACUAUCGAGUACGCCGAGCUUUGCAAGCAUCACGCAAGUUCGAUAAGUCAUCUCGUCAAGCUCUCUCGCCAAGUUCCCAAUUGUGAAUUGGUUUUUGGAGGAGUGGGUUACAUGACAGCUGCCUCUUCUGCAGUCCUACUGCAUACGCUUGUGUUUGGUCAGCAAGAUGACACGGCUGGUAUCCGAGCCCAGUUAGAGUCUAACUAUGAAGCCAUCCAUGAGCUUCAAAAAUACUGGCCUUCGAUUGAGAACUCAACUUGCACAAGACCUGGCGCAAUGCAAACUUACAAGUUCGAUAAGUGGAUGGUGAGAUUCUUGGUAGAACACCAUCUGCCGCUAGAUGAGCCCGAAGGUAGCUUCCCUCAGGUAUAA